CGGCGUAUCGUCUAUCCCGUUCCCCUAGUCCUCACCCUUCCAUGUUGACCCUCUAGACUCAGAAGCAAAGACAUUACCUACCUAAGGUAGCUUUACCAACCGAGAACGACGAUGUCUGUUUCGGUUCAGGCCCUUGCUGAAAGCGUUGAACAUGCUUGUGGGACUAUUGCAGACCUCCUUGUCAGCCUGAGUAAGCUGGUCCCAUUGGCCAAGGCUAGCUUGCUACCCGUGGCUGCAGAAUGUUUAACUAUGAAGACUGUGAUGGGAAAUCUGGGAGGUCUCCUGACCCCCGGAGGGCCUACGGACCCAUACGUGGUAUAUGAGGAUCAUAAUAGACAAGUUGAGAGUCUCGGACCCUGUUUCGAGGUUAUCCUUCAUGCCAUAUCAGAAAUACUCGUCGACGUUGAUCACGAGACUACACGUUUACGUCGCUAUCACAGCUGGGGAGAUCCUCUUGCAUCUUCAAAAGCAGUUCCAGCCACACAGGACUUCUUCAUAGAUGCUGGAUUCUGUCUGCGGAGAAGCCGAUCCUCCCUGUAUCUUAUAAUCGAUUGUCUCCAGAGAGGAAUUUUGUCAGGGGCAACUAUUCAACUGAUAGACCAAACUUUUCUAACCCAUCCCUCGUUUACGAAAAUAGUCGAGUCUUCGAGGCUCCAACCUUUGGUAGCUAUCGAAUUGCGUGAGACCUCAAAACAACCAGAUGUACGGUCCCUCUUAAGCAAAUAUCGGUCCAAAAGUCUACGUCCCCGCGAAAAUGACCAUAGCCUCACCCGCAUGCUCCACCACGCAAUCACUGGGUGGGAUUAUAAUGCCGUACAUAGAUGCCUCUUAGCGAAAACCAACCCAGACACCCCUCUUGAAGAAUCAGGAAUUGCACCAAUUCACCGAGCUCUAGGUCGAAUCGAAGUGGCGCUCGCUUCGGAAAAUAAGACGGCCGUAAGAACUUCCACUUCGAUUGUGAUGGCCUUACUUAUUGCAGGUGCGAGUCUCAAAGUGCGGGACGAAAACGGUCGAACUCCCCUCAUACGGGCCACUAUGAACGAAAUGCCCGACACUUUAAUAUCCUUGAUGUUAGAAUUCGGAGCUUGCCCAGACGCCAAAGACGGGCACAAGAACACGGCUCUUCAUUACGCGGCGAUGAAGGUCGCUUCGGAUGAAAUGGGAAACGUUGAUACCGUUCGGAUUUUGCUGGCCCACGGCGCAGAUCAAAGCCUUAGGAGUAAGAGGGGACGUACUCCUUUACACGAAGCGGUGUCAUUUGAAUGUUUCGACCGCGGUCGGGAGCUCUUGGACUACGGAGCCGACUCCGAAAUAGCGGAUAAUAAUGGGUGGACACCCUUACUUUGUGCAGUCACGCAAGGGAAUUUGGCGUUUACGGAGUUUCUAUGUGAUCGCGGUGCUAUUGUUGACAAGAAAGAUAAAAACGGGUACACGGCCCUACACUACGCUAUCUCGCAAGGAUCUGAGGAAAUAUCCAAGGCUUUGCUAGACGCCGGCGCAGAUGUGAACCUCAUCUCCAAAGGUGAAACUCCCCUCUGUCGAGCAACAUCCAAGUCAAACCUGCGGCUUGUUAAACUUCUUUUAUCGUAUGAUGCCGACGUUGAUUUGCCGUCUCCGGGCUACUACGGUGCCCUAUCGAUUCACGUUGCCGCUAUGGGGAGAGAUGUGGCUAUUUCCGAAGCUCUUCUAGGGGCGGGAUCUCCCAUCAACGCAUUAGACGAUGAAGGCCGCACGCCGCUGAGGUGGGCGAUGGAUGGAGGGAAGAAUGAGUUGGUACAUUUUCUAAUGAGUAAAGGAGCUGCUAAGUAGCCUUAAUUUGCCCGAACUUGUUCGUUUUCAUCGGGAUAUUGUAUC